GUUAUGUUUCAGGUUAUACUUCAGGUUAUACUCCAGGUUAUGCUCCAGGUUAUACUCUGGGUUAUACUCCAGGUUAUGCUCUAGGUUAUGCUCUGAGUUAUGCUCCGGGUUAUGCUCCAG